GAGAGAGCCAGUGAGAGUGAGCGAGGGAGAGAAGCAGGGGAACUGAAGCGAGGAGGAGAGUGUGAGAGAGAGAGGAGGAGCGGCAGAGCAGGACUGUCAGUUUCUUCCGUGGUGCUUUUCCGCCGGACGCUGUGACCACAGGGGCGCCUGCUGUUUCGGAUAGCUGGGGAGCGAGGGACUGCUGGAGAAGUGCCUGUCAUCCACGACGCGAAGGUCCUUCAGCUCAGCCUGGGAGCCCGAGACACCCUGGCUCCCUGUCGAAAAGCUCCUGGAGACUGCCACAAACGGGGGGGGGGGUGGGGUGCACACAGGUAGAUCUGGAUGCUGAGAGGCCGGAGACCAGGCAACGCUGGACAACUUCCGAGCCCCCGAGGCAUCUCUCCCGAAAGGAUGCGCAGGGCACUGUGACUGCGAGAUGGACCAGCGCUGGAUAACGUGGUCUGUGGCCUGGCUCGCCUGCUCCAUCUGUGACCAGCGUGUGAUUCAUAGCGCCCCCUGCAGGGUGCUGGGCUAACGGAUCUGCUAUUAUUUCCACUUCAUCGGGAUGACCUUCCACUGAGACCUCUGUGUGCGGGCGCAAACACACAUACAGAUUUGCUUGCUCGACCUGGUCCUGCCUGCUACAGGUCUCUGCCCGUACUCGGUUGUGGAUUGUGUGAUUUACACUCGACGGCGGAUUUCCCCCGGAGCGGACGAUGGACCCAGUUAAGCCGAGGGAAGGCGACAGCGCGAGAGAGAGAAGGGUCUUCCAUUAGAGAGGGGCCCUCAGAGGACCGGAGUGCGGGCGCUCUCUCUCUCGCCAAACCCCCGUCCUCACAAAUGCAAAUCGCUUCCAUUUAGCGUUCGCGGCGAGCGCACCGACAGAGGACGACGGGACCCGUGUUCCCCUACGAACCCGUGAGGCGGGAGAUGUGAGGACAAAAAAAAAAAAAGGAGGGGGGUUAUAAAAGAAAAAAAGACCCGUGGAUACUACAAUGCGCGUUUCCCGCGCGUCCUCCGUGAGUUUUACAGAUCCGCAGCGGCUCGGCCGGCUGGGAGUACGGAGCGUUCGUAAACAGGAGAUGGCUCGGACAGUUUAUUCCUGAUUUGCUCGUCCGUCCAGCAGCAGCCAAAACAGAAGAGGGGGAGGGAGCUCGGGAGUGCUCGCUGCCAGGGCUGCCUCCGAAAGUGGAGGCGUUCCAGGCACUGCCUCUCAUCUAGCGGAGCGAGGCGAGGCGCGGGGGCCAGCUAGCCGACUCGAGCCGGAGGGGCAUUGGAGGAAGGGAGGGAGGAACGGCGGUGGGCGGAAUACAGGAGGGCGUGCUGGCAGAGCAGGAGUGGAGAUACGGGGGUACGGACAGAAUGCUGGGAUCCAAUGACAGUCUCUCUGGAGCAGGCAGCCGCGGCACUGCCCCACUGACAGACUCCUGAGGCCCGGUCAGUGCUCGGGGGAAGGGAUAAUGCAUAUCCCCCCCGUGCCUGCAGAAGAAGUCACCAUGAGCAACGUCACCGUCCGUGACAACACCGAGUCCAUCAGCCGUGCCAUGGAGGCCGCGGCGCCCUACCCCGUCAGCUUCCAGGUGUCCCUGACGGGCUUCCUGAUGCUGGAAAUCGUCCUGGGCCUGAGUAGCAACCUGACCGUGCUGGUGCUCUACUGCAUGAAGUCCAACCUCAUCAACUCCGUCAGCAACGUGGUCACCAUGAACCUGCACGUGCUGGACGUCAUCGUGUGCGUGUGCUGCAUCCCGCUCACCAUCGUCAUCAUCCUGCUCUCGCUGGAGGGCAACACCGCCCUCGUCUGCUGCUUCCACGAGGCAUGCGUCUCCUUCGCCAGCGUGGCCACGGCCGCCAACGUGCUGGCCAUCACCCUCGACCGCUACGACAUCUCCGUCAAGCCCGCCAACCGCGUGCUGACCAUGGGGCGGGCCGUGGUGCUUCUGGGCGCCAUUUGGGUGCUCUCGUUCUUCAGCUUCCUGGUGCCCUUCAUGGAGGUGGGCUUCUUCAGCCAGGAGCACUCCGACCAGAACCAGACGGCCGCAGCCGUGGUGGCCCACACCAACGAGUACUACACGGAGCUGGGCCUCUACUACCACCUGCUGGCCCAGAUCCCCAUCUUCUUCCUCACCGCCGUAGUCAUGCUCAUCACCUACUCCAAGAUCCUCCAGGCGCUCAACAUCCGCAUCGGCACCCGCUUCCACAACAGCCAGAAGAAGAAGGCGCGCAAGAAAAAGACCAUCUCCAUGACGACUCAGCAGGAGGCCACAGACGCCUCGCAGAGCAGCGGCGGGGGGAGGAACCCGAUGCUGGGCAUGCGCACGUCCGUGUCGGUCAUCAUCGCCCUGCGGCGGGCGGUCAAGAGGCACCGCGAGCGGCGGGAGAGGCAGAAGAGGGUCUUCCGCAUGUCGCUGCUCAUCAUCUCCACCUUCCUGCUCUGCUGGACGCCCAUCACCGUGCUCAACACGGUCAUCCUGACCGUGGGCCCCAGCGACCUCAUGGUCAAGCUGCGGCUGGGCUUCCUGGUCAUGGCGUACGGGACCACCAUCUUCCACCCGCUGCUCUACGCCUUCACCAGGCAGAAGUUCCAGAAGGUUCUGAAGAGCAAAAUGAAGAAGAGGGUGGUGUCCAUCGUGGAGGCCGACCCCCUGCCCAACAACACAGUCAUCCACAACUCCUGGAUCGACCCCAAAAGGAACAAAAAGGUGACUUUCGAGGAGAGCGAACUGAGACAGAAAUGCCUCUCCUCAGAAGACGUGGAAUAAAGUGACUGACUACUUUCUGUUUCUCCGAGAGAUUAAAAACAUUUUAGGAAAAGAAACGAUAAGAACACUGGAGCUAAAAGACCGAUAAUUCACAUCAGGUACACACAAGACACAUCAAUAAUGGAACCACUUGUCCAAAGCAGUUUGUGUGUAAAUACGAGUGUAUCAAAUGUACAAAGUUACCAGAGUGGGAUAAUUUAUUACUAUUUAUUGUGAAAACAAGAAGACAAUAGGUUUCAUAGGAUGGCACAAAAUAUGCUGUACAUAUUGCAUGGCUUUUUGUAACAGUAUGCGUUGUGUAUAUACCUUAGAUGUGUAUAUAAUAUAUAUGUACAUAAAAUAGACACCUAGGCACUAUAUAUCUGUCCCUUUAUAAUAAAUAGCCUAAAACAGGGAAAUGCUCUGUGUUCCGUCAGCAGUUUUUCCCCUUGCUCUGCCCUGACCUCUCUCCCCUCUGCAGAGGGCCCAACAGCCCACACAGGCUAGAUUGAUUGCACCGUCCCCCAUGCUCAUGUUGGCAUCUCGACGGACCCAUGAAUCAGAGCACGAGGAUCUCCUCGGAGGCCUUGGGAGCACGUGCGCUCGAGGGGGCGAAAGGGUAGCGAAAACGCCCCCACUGGCAGGGACUCUUCAGCUAGGGCGCCCCGCCUGACUCCCGCUAUGCCACCAUAGUGGUGCGCUGAUGUAGCUAUCUCAGCGGUUGACAUUUGUACAAUACAGAACGGACAAGGCCUGUUUUAUUUAAGACUCGCCCUGUCUUCCCAGUUGGCAGUGCUGGGGCUUACUUUAAUAGGAGCCAGAGCACACGCCCGCCCCAUAGCUGUCAGCGAGCGGUGGCUCCUGAAGAGGUCGACCAGCUCCUCGAAGGUGAAAAGUGGUCGCAGCAUUCCGAGCGUUUGACCUUGUCGGCACGAAGGGGUGGUGUUUUUAAUUAUCAAGUGAAUGCAAUGCCCAAUAAAGGACUAAG